UCUCCUCGUGCAUUUGCACGUAUACCUACCUAUACUUGUACAGUUAUUAAAUAUCAUCGCGCAUCAUUGACUGUGCACGACGUUUUGUAUUUAUAUACGAAUACGAAUACGCCAGUGAUGACAAUUCUCAAGACAGUUGAAAGUGUGUGGAAGUCGUGGUGACUGGUGAUGUGACCGGAGGCGAGGAGCAGAAGGAGAAGGAGAAAAGAAGCGUCGAGAGAGAGAGAGAGAGAGUGUGUUGGUGUAGCAAGUAGUAGCAAUGCAAUUACGCGUCCUGGACGGAUGCUUGUGUAGUACAUGAGGGAUCUGGCGGGCUCGUCGGCGUCGUCGUCGUCGUCGGCGUCCGGCAGUGGCAGAAGAAAGCGCACCAGCAGCGACAACGACAAUAACAUCAACAGCAGUGUACCCGAACAACAGCAGCUUCCGAGUAGUAAGCGUCAGCGUCGUAGUCUGCGGAGCAGCAGCAGCAGCAGUAGUAGCAGCAACACUGCCGUUAGCGAGGAUAUCGAAGAGCUGCAUCAGGUUACUGACAUCGUUUGUAGUGACAGUAGCAACGGAGACUACAUACAAAGUGGUAUCUGUGGCAGCGAGAUGAUUGUCGAGCAGCAGCACAAUCACCAGGAGGUGGCAGACACGGCGCCGGCCUUCGUUGAGUGCCUGCGCAGAAUCGUGUCCAGUGAUGAGCAGAGCAAGGUUGAGGAGGCCUGGAACAGCCUCGAGGAGAUGGAGAACCUCGAGUCUGGCAGUAAAAACUCGACCUACGACUGCAACAGAAGCUACGAUAAGAUUCUCAGGUCGAUUCUCAUCGAGGACAAGAUUAGGAACAUUGCUGAGAUACCGAAGCUGCUCGAGUGGUUCUCCAAGUUUCCGUUUCCCCACACUACUGCCAAUAACCCCGUUUCCAAUGACAUAGCACGUUUUUUGAUCAACUCUGCCAGCGACUUCAAGCAUCAACCAUAUCUGGCUGAAAUUAUUCAAGUAUUGAAUGACAACCAUGAGAAAUACCUACCACCUCUUUGUGACUAUUCCAGCCUGUGGCAGGCCAUUAUAGAAGUAUUGUCUUGGAUACAAGUGCCGGAAGAUGCGGUAGAGAUGAAAAAGUACAGCAAGGACCUGAUUACGAUAUCAGACUUCUUAAAGAAAAGACGCAUAUUCGAUGUCAUGAAUGCCUCCAUGAUGUGUUUUAACAAAUUUUGUGAGAUUUUCUUCAAGAGCGAAAGGAUGGAAAAUCCAAGUGCAGCCUUGCUUGUUGCUCUUCAGCUGGUUGAUGAAAAAUUGUGGAGGGAUCACAUGUGCGUCGUUGUUGAGCACUUAAUCAAGGAAAACAUAAAGGAGCCGAAGAUCAUUAAAAUGCUUAAUUUAUUUUGCCAAUGGCUUGUUCAACCACCUUACACCAACAUGAAUUAUUUGAGCAGAUGGUUGACAUUGUUCAUGAAAAGUUGGACAAAGUACCAAAAACGUCGAAUAGUAACAGAAGUGGCAGACGAAAUGUUACCUUUAAUUUUUUUGAAAUGUAUGAGAUCUCAGCAAUUUUACACACUCAUCCCUGAAGAGAACAUCAUUUUUUUCCUAUUAUCGCUCGUCAGCUCACAAGAAUUAUUUCACAAAAUGAUGAAACUUUUCAUCCAUCUUAUGGAGGAUGAACGAAUAUCCACGUACCCAAAUGAAAGGGCUGUAAGAGGAAGUAUUAUCCAAAUCAUUUCGGUUCUCUUGGGGACUUUCAGCGCUCAUCGUCAAAAUGCUGCUUCGUGUAAGAUCUGCGAGACUGUGGAAAAACUUUGUUGUGCUUACUUGUGCAAAGGAAUGGCGGCACAGCAAGUAACCGAGGAAAAAGAAGAAAUGGAGAUUUCUUAUCCGAGCACGAGUAGCGGCGUGGGUAGAAUAGACCCUGGUAAAACUGGUCUCAGAAAUCUGGGCAACACGUGCUACAUGAACAGCGUAUUACAGGCGCUUGCAAUGACCCGGGCAUUUACCCAUGAGGUCCUACUGUAUAAGAGCACAAACUUGUCCAAUCAAAUGAUUUUGAAACAUUUGCAAAAUCUGUUUGCCCUGCUCAAGUAUUCGGAAAAAGCUUCGCUCGCUCCUACCGAAAUCUGGCGAUCUUCGAAACCGUCUUAUUUUAUGCCUGGACAGCAACAAGAUAGUUCAGAAUUCUUAUGCCACUUGUUGGAUGUUCUUUAUGAACAAGAAAAAUCAGCAUUGGUGAACGUCAGUGUCAAUGAUCAAAGUAUUAGCGAGAAAUCAACAGUAGAGAAAGAAAUCAUGGAUGUAGAGGAAGAAGCAGCUGAAACUUUGGAGUCACCUUUGAACGAUAAUGGCACGUCGAAAACCAUAACCCGAUGGACAACUGAAGGAAAUUUGAGCGAAGGCGAAGAAUUGGCGCAAACGCAAAAUGGCUUGUCAGACUCGCACUCUGACUCAACGGAUAGUGGUAUCCAGUCCGUGGGAGGCGAAGACACGAUCACGGCAUCGCCAUACCUCGUACAUCGAGUCUUUGGUGGUGAGCUUAAGGUCACUUAUCAAUGCAUGCAGUGUGGCACUGAGAGUCACAACACGGAUCAAUUCAGGGACUUGCAGCUGUGUUUUCUCGAUACCUUGGCACCCACGAAUCCGAUCACUGUGCAGGAUCUCAUCAACUCGAAUUAUUCGAUGCCAGAACACCUAACAGGUGACAACAAGUACAGGUGUGACAGUUGUGCGACCCUCUGCAAUGCCCAGAGAAUCAUCAAGAUUCUCCAGGCACCAGCGCAUCUCAUUCUUACGCUAAAGCAUUUUCGAUACGACUCAGAAAGUAGAUUGCGUACAAAGUUGCGUCGUAAGGUUAUCUACAACGAGACCAUACAGCUACCAGUUUUAGACCAAGACAACGAAACGUAUCAGCUAUACGCUGCGGUCGUGCACUCGGGGUACAGUAUGGACUACGGCCAUUACAUAACGUACGCAUGCGAUGCGAAAAAUCGCUGGUACAAAUUCAAUGACAACUUUGUAUCGCAAGUCGGUUUUGAAAACUUUAUGCUGCUCGAGCCGCCGGACACGCCUUACAUUCUGUUCUAUCGUCGUUGUGGUCGGCAAAACGAACCCGAUGAGGACGCACCUGACUUUGCGUCUCUCGGUAAAAACCUGCAAGAUUAUGUCGAACAGGAAAAACGUUGUCAGACCGAGGAGCGCAGAAUCACUAGGUUAUCAGCUGCUGGCAACUCGAUAGCAAGGUACAACCAGAAUGGCUACUGGAAUAAGGACGAUGACGAAGACAAUCCACCACCGUCCAAGUGCCGUGACGCUGUGAAUAUUCCUAGCGGAAAGUUUCUUUGUUGACGGAGGUAUAGAUAGCCACUGGGUUGAUUGAGGCGCGAGACUGACGAGGCUCGGCUACACAUAUACGUUUCUCUUGUUGCAUUAUUUUUCCUUUUGGACCUCAGGGGACGGUUUUAUAUAGAAAAUUGGGUGAUUCAUACUACGAGCAGCUAUUUGUUAGUCGUAGCAUGGAUAUAGAAGACGCGUUUGCUAUAGAUGAUAUUAAGGUAAUGAUUGCUUGGAUUCAACUUGCAUUACUUUUAUUUCAGAUGUCAUCAGAAAUAGUAUUUUUUCGUAUGUACAAAUUUAAUCUAAUAUUCUGUGUUGAUUAUUCAAUUUAUUUAUGUUGCUUUUUUUAAUCGUUAUUCUUUUUUUUUUUUUUUUUUAAUCACAGUUAACUCAUCCUUACUUUAAUAAUUGACUCUUUGUGUUGUAGUAACUUCUAACAAAGGCUUGUAAUUAAAGUAUUUCAUCCAACAUUUCAUCUUAUUUUACACUUUUAACGUAGAUCACUUAAUUUCAAUAUUAAAUUAUUUAUGUAUACCUACAUAAUUCUUUCAGCACUCAGUUGAAUGAGAAUCGUUUCGGCGUACUUCCAACGAAAAUAUAAAUGAUAUUUAAAUUAAUUUAAAAACUAUACUGUACCUAUCUAUACAUAAACAAACUAUUUGAUAUUUUGUAUUUACAUGUAGAAGAAAGUAUCUCUAUAAAAUAAGAAUAUAAAUAAAUUUAAAAAAAAAUAAAGAGUAUAAAAGAAAUAACAUGUAGAUAAAACGAAAGUUGCUAGUAGAGCAAUGACGUAAAUAAAUCAUUAUUGCUAAAUUCAACGCUAGCAUUAUUACGUUUUGGAAAAAUCAAAUUAUGUUUCAUUGAACAUUGCACUGCCAAUUCGUAUUUUAUCAAAACAGAAAAUCAUUUAAUAGGUCAUAAAAUUAUAUUGUCUUUCUUGUAUAAAAAUAAAAAUAAUGUUUUAAAAAUCUAUUUUUUAACUUCAAUUUGAAACAAACUUUUAUUUAAAGAGCCUCGUUGAUUCUCCGCCUGCGAUCCCCUCUACAUAUAAUAAUUACCUAUUUAUUUUCAUCAUUUUUAGGCAAAUUAAAUUCGAAUUAGUAAUCGAUUUUUAGUUUAUGGUUGAAGAAAUCAUUUUUUCGAAGUAAAAAAUAGUCAUGCGUUUUGACAAAUCAUAAUUAUUUUUAUGAUGGAAAAGCAGCACUCAAAAUUAAGAAGAAAAAUUAUAUUACCACCAAUCACGCAUUCAUUCAACUUCAUACA